AUCGUUAGCCCAGCUCUAAAAUAGUGUUUCUCUUCUCUCGUGUAAAAAAACAGAGAAAUUAAACUUUUUCGCGCAUUUCACCAAUGCAAAAAUUUAAAUUCGCAAUCGCGUUCGUUUGCCCUGCAGAUUGCACAACUACGCGCUCUCGAUUGGCGCCGAUUUAGCGGAGAAUCGCGAAAUCAAAGAAAUAUUCGCAGCAAGAAGAAGAACGGAACGGCCAGUAUAAUCGUAUUGUUGUUUGUGUUGGUGUUAGUUGUGUGUGUGUUUGUGGGUGUUGUUGUUGCUGCUGCUACUGCUUCUGGGAUGAUGCUGUAAAGUAAAAGUGGUGGCAAAAGCACUAAGCCCGUGGUGCGACGCAAAAAACACGCUGCAGUUAGCGGCCAGGCGGAAAAUGAUGAGAGUGAUGGUGGCUUGAGUCCCGAGUAAUCGCUAAAAUAUCGAGCACACAGUUCGUGCAAAUCAAAUUGCGCCAAUAAGCAAAAGCAAACGCAAACAUCGUUUGUUUUAUUGCAUUCCACGCACACACACACACACCUAUAUAUAUGCACACGCACGCAGUCGCAUACAUAUGCGCUGCAGCAGCAACAGAGAUUUUUUUAUUUGACCACACUCACUCACACACGCAACCACAUGCAUCCACGCAGCAAAGGGAUAACAACAAAAACAAAGAGAGCAGCCAAAUGUUUCGCCUGAGUGACCACAUCACCAAGGAUUAGAGCCAGCAACACAGAGUGAGAGGAUACAAGAACCAGCCAAGGAACCACCGCUAGCGAAGAUGUCGCGCUGGGGCAAGAACAUCGUGGUGCCGCUGGACUCGCUCUGCAAAGAGAAGGAGAACACCAACCGUCCCACUGUCGCCCGUUCCGUGGGCACCGUUGGCAAGUGGGGCAAGAUGGGCUUCACCUCCACGCGCACCUACACCAUGCCCGCCAUCCAUCCCAUGGCUGCGGCAGCGGCGGCUGCUGCAGCAGCCGCCAGUCCCUCCCAGAGUCCCGCCUCCACGCAGGAUCACGAUCCCAACGACCUGUCUGUUUCGGUGCCGGAGCCGCCGAAGCCGAAAAAGUUCUUCAAAUCGAGGAAUACAGCUCCGCCGGAGGUCAUAGCCCAGAUCAUUCAGCAGCUACCGCACUGUGGAGCCGGGGCAUCACCCAUGCGGGACCAUUUCUCGUCGGCUGGUGUUGGUGCUGGGGGUCUCACGCCCACUUCCGGUGCCCAGGAGGCGGGCGGAGUGAAGCUGAAGCCGGGCAAGGGCGCCAACUCCGCAGAGCGGAAGCGCAAAUCGCCCAAGAAGAAGGCAGCAACAACGCCAGCCUCCACGCCCUCGACGCCUGGUGCGUUCUACGGCGCCUCAGAUCGAGAUGGCGAUGGGCUAAGCGAUCCCGCCUCGGAGCAGCCGGAGCAACCGUCCAGUGCCUCGAGCAAGCAGAAGCAGAAGAAACCGAAGGAGGAGAAGAAGCUGAAGCCGGAGGCGCCGCCUUCGCGGGUACUGGGCCGCGCCCGCAAGGCUGUCAACUACCGCGAAGUGGACGAGGACGAGCGCUAUCCCACGCCCACCAAGGAUCUGAUCAUUCCCAAAGCGGGGCGCCAACCGGCUGAAGUCGCGGCGACGGCAACACUUGCCGCCGCUUCGUCGGAAGCCUUCAUCAGUUCCACGUUUGGCAGUCCUGGUUCGGAGCCGUCGUUACCCCCGCCUACGUCAGCGCCAAGUGCAACUGCGUCCACGGCGUCCCAACUGCCCUCCGCAUCCGGCGGAGCGUCAAAUCCUCCCAGCGCCUCCCGCACGCCAGAACAUCCUCCUAUCGUGCUACGCAUCUCCAAGGGCACUUCGCGCUUGGUCAGCACGGAUAGCGAGGAGCCGCCGAGCAGCUCGCCCGCUCACCAGAACCAACUGAAUCAGCUUUCGGUCACGGAGGAGGAGCCAGCGGAGCGGUCCGGAGACGAAACAGUUCCUGCAAGUACGCCAAAAAUCACAGUGAGACCACUGAGGCCGCCCCCAGCAGCAGAUUCCGUUGAUGGAUCAUCUGCGGCAGUUGGAGGAGCAUCAGCAGGCGAUUCUUUCGAGGAACGCAAGUCCCAGUCACUAGAACCCAACGAGGACGAGGAGGAGGAAGAAGAGGAGGAGGACGAGGAGGAGGAACCGCCGGAGAUCAACUACUGCACGGUAAAGAUAUCCCCGGACAAGCCGCCGAAGGAGCGGCUCAAACUGAUCAUCAAGACGGACGUGAUCCGCAACGCCAUCGCCAAAGCCGCAGCAGCAGCCGAGUCCCGCAGUGAAAAGAAGUCGAGGAGCAAAAAGCACAAGCACAAGCAGCUGCUUGCCGCAGGAUCUGGUGCCGCUCCAGCUUCUGGAGCCACCCCCGCCGAGAUCAACUCAGAAUUCAAGACACCCUCACCUCAUUUGGCUCUCAGCGAGGCCAAUAGUCAGCAAGCACAGCAUACACCAUCACAACUACAUCAACUGCACCAGCUGCAUCCGCAGCGAGGCUCCGCAGUCAUAUCACCAACAACCCGAUCGGAUCACGACUUCGACUCGCAGUCCUCGGUGCUGGGCAGCAUCUCCUCAAAGGGCAACAGCACGCCGCAACUGUUAGCGCAGGCUGUGCAGGAGGAUAGUUGUGUGAUUCGCAGCAGGGGAUCUAGUGUGAUCACUAGUGAUCUAGAGACGAGUCAGCACUCCUCCCUGGUGGCUCCCCCCUCGGACAUUGAGUCACGACUGGAGUCCAUGAUGAUGACCAUCGACGGAGCGGGCACGGGAGCAGCAUCUGCGGUGCCGGAGACUCCACUGCAGGAGGACAUACUGGCUGUGCUGCGAGGGGAAGUGCCACGGCUAAAUGGCAAUACGGACUUGGAGCCAACCGAGGAGGAGGAUCAACAGCAACAGCCGAAGAGGGCCACGCGGGGCAGGGGCAGAAAGGCUAAUAACAAUGUGGAUGUAACUCCACCCGCCACGGAGACCAGAACCCGAGGUAGGGCCAAAGGAACAGAUGCGACCACGGCUGCCACAUCGCCACCAGCGGGCAAAAGAACCACGCGGGGCACUCGGGGCUCCAGAAAAGCCGAACAGGAAGUCGACAUGGAAGUGGACGAAACGGCGGUGGCGACGGUACCAGCAAACGAAGAGCAGUUGGAACAAGCCCCACUUCCACCGAGAAGGGGUCGCAAUGCUGCUGCCCGAGCCAAUAACAAUAAUUUGGCAAGCGUAAACAAUAACAUUAAUAAAAUAGCCGCCAAUCUGUCCGCCAAGGCCGAGGCCAGCCGACUAGCAGAAGGAGGAGUAGCGGGUGGAGCGGCACGAAGCUAUGGUCGGAAACGAAAGAACCAGCAGGUAACGCAGGUGCUUCAGCAGGAGCCAGCGCCCAAAGAGCAGGAAACUCCUGAUGCUGAGGAGGAGCAGCCCACACCCGCCAAGAUUCCGCACACAGAUCACAGGGAACAUUCGCCAGACCAUGAUCCGGAUCCUGAUCCAGAUGAACUGUCGAACAACUCAAACAACUCCUCGUUGCAGCACGAUGGAUCCUCCUCCUCGCCCCCACCCCGCGAUUACAAGUUUAAGGAUAAGUUUAAGCGAACAUUGACACUGGACUCGCAGGGCGCGGCGAACGCCGGAGCGGGUGGAGCAGCAGCGGCGGCGCCACCUGAGUCCUCUGGCGAACAGCGGGGCGCUGUCAAGCUGGUCAUCUCAAAGAAGAAAGGCAGCAUCUUCAAGAGCCGCGCUCUGGUGCCAUCCGAUCAAGCGGAACAGGCUACAGUGGCCAAGCGGCAUCUGUACAAGCACAGUUGGGAUGCUGCGCUAGAGGCGAAUGGCGGUGGAACCAACAGCGAUGCUAGCAAUGCCUCGGCAUCUGGCGUGGGCGUCGCUGGGGCGAAGGAUCACCUGCAUCAUUUAGCGGCGGGCAAGUCCGACGGUGAUUUCGGUGACAGUCCGUCGUCGAACAACAAUGGCUCCUCCAGUGCGUGCAGCAGCGCAUCCACGUUGCGCGGCGAUAGCCCUGCCCUCGGAAAGAUCUCGCGACUGGCGGGAAAACAGGGAGUACCAGCCACCUCCACUAGUUCCGAUGCCUUUGACCUGGAUUUGGAACCAAUUGCCGGAGAACUCGACCUAGAGCGUAGUGCAGCGGGUGCUUCCGUUGGUGGAACGGGGGCAACGACAGGUGGAGGUGGAGCGACCGGCGGUGGCGGCCCCAUUCGUGUCGACCGCAAAACUAAGGACUACUAUCCAGUGGUGCGGAACGUUAAGACGGCCCAUCAAAUCCAGGAGAUCGGCGAGUACCAGGAAAUGGACGACGAUGUCGAGUACAUCCUGGACGCACUUCAGCCGCACAAUCCUCCGGCAACACGCUGUCUCUCCGCCCUUCAGCUAGCCGCCAAGUGUAUGAUGCCCGCUUUCCGGAUGCACGUGCGUGCCCAUGGCGUGGUCACCAAAUUCUUCAAAGCAUUAUCCGACGCCAACAAGGACCUCAGCCUGGGCCUGUGCACCUCGGCCAUCAUGUACAUUCUUUCCCAGGAGGGCCUCAACAUGGACCUGGAUCGCGACUCCUUGGAGCUGAUGAUCAACCUUCUGGAGGCGGACGGCGUGGGUGGCAGCACGGAGUCUGGGCACCCGGAUAGAGCGGGCUACGACCGCAACAAGCAGAAGGUGCGCGAGUUGUGCGAGGAGAUCAAGGCGCAGGGCAAGGGAACGCAUCUCAACGUUGAUUCUCUGACUGUUGGCACGCUGGCAAUGGAAACGCUGCUAUCGCUGACAUCCAAGCGCGCGGGCGAAUGGUUUAAAGAGGAUCUGCGCAAGCUGGGUGGCCUGGAGCACAUUAUCAAGACCAUCUCAGACUUCUGCAGCCCGGUGAUUGCCUGCGACACGGAGAUUGACUGGCAGCCGACGCUGCUGGAUAACAUGCAAACGGUGGCGCGAUGUCUGCGAGUCCUCGAAAACGUGACACAGCACAAUGAGGCGAACCAGCGCUACAUGCUCACCUCUGGCCAGGGAAAAGCAGUGGAGACGCUCUGCCAAUUAUACCGCCUUUGCAGCCGACAAAUAAUGCUGCAUCCUUCGGAUGGUGGUGGCAGCAACAAGGAGCAUCCGGGUGUGGCGAUGCGCGAGCUGCUGGUGCCGGUGCUCAAGGUACUGAUCAACCUGACGCACACGUUCAACGAGGCGCAGCCAUCGUUGGGAGCCGAGCUGCUAGGUCAAAGGGGCGAUGUGGUGGAGACGAGCUUCCGGUUGCUGCUGCUCUCGGCCAACUACAUUCCCGACCAAUGUGUCUUUGAGCUAAGCAUACUGGUUCUUACACUGCUAAUCAAUUUGUGCAUGCAUACUGUGCCCAAUCGGGCUGCUUUAAUGCAAGCUGCCGCUCCGGCAGAGUACGUAGCGGAUAAUCCACCAGCGCAGGGAUCUGUGAGUGCACUGCAAGCUCUGCUUGAGUACUUCUACAAGUGCGAGGAGCUGGCCAGAUUGGUGGAGAAGAACACGGACGCCUUCCUCGAGAGCAACGAGAAGGGAAAAAAGAAGCAAGAAGAAGUGGAGGAGACAGUCAACAAUCUUGUACAACGAGCCGGCCACCACAUGGAGCACACGCUAAAGGGAAGUUAUGCGGCCAUCCUGGUGGGAAAUCUGAUAGCGGACAAUGAGUUGUACGAGUCGGUGGUGCGCCGCCAGCUGCGAGGAAAUAGCUUUAAGGAGAUUAUUGGCGUCCUGGAGAAGUACCACACAUUCAUGAACCUUACAUCCAGCUUGGAGGCAGCCUUUGUGGCGCAUAUGAAGUCCACGAAGCGCAUCAUCGACAACUUCAAGAAGCGCGACUACAUCUACGAGCACUCGGAUGAGCACGACAACCCCCUGCCCCUGAAUAUGGAAACGACGGCGCAAGUCUUGGCCGUGGGAGCGGACGCGUCGCAUGCUGCCUCAAGCUCGACCACGGUCGCCUCUGCCUCCGCACCCUCAUCCACAUCGGCCACAGGAACGACGAGGGCGCCGCGGGUCUAUAAAACGUACAGCAGCCACAGGUAA